AGGAAGUGUGGAUCGUAUGAAGCGGGAGUGAAGCAGCGCAGCAGGCCGGACUCGAACUCACUCAGUCGGAAAACAGAGGCUUGGGAUCCAAGAUGACUGACUCGAAGUAUUUCACCACCACCAAGAAAGGAGAGAUCUUUGAGCUGAAGGCAGAGCUGAACAGCGAUAAGAAAGAGAAGAAGAAGGAGGCGGUGAAGAAGGUCAUUGCGUCCAUGACUGUGGGGAAAGAUGUGAGCGCCCUCUUUCCUGACGUGGUGAACUGCAUGCAGACUGAUAAUCUGGAGCUGAAGAAGCUGGUUUAUUUGUACCUGAUGAAUUAUGCCAAGAGCCAGCCAGAUAUGGCCAUCAUGGCUGUGAACACCUUCGUCAAGGACUGUGAGGACCCUAACCCGCUGAUUCGGGCCCUGGCCGUGCGCACCAUGGGCUGCAUUCGCGUGGAUAAGAUCACGGAGUACCUGUGUGAGCCCCUCAGAAAGUGCCUGAAGGAUGAAGAUCCUUAUGUGAGGAAGACGGCGGCAGUGUGCGUGGCCAAACUCCACGACAUUAACGCCCAGCUGGUGGAGGACCAGGGCUUCCUGGAUACCCUGAAGGACCUCAUCUCUGACUCCAAUCCCAUGGUGGUGGCGAACGCCGUUGCCGCGCUCUCGGAGAUAGCCGAGUCUCAUCCCAACAGUAACCUGCUGGAUCUGAACCCUCAGACAAUCAACAAGCUGCUGACGGCCCUGAACGAGUGCACGGAGUGGGGCCAGAUCUUCAUCCUGGACUGCCUGGCCAACUACACGCCCCGCGAUGACCGCGAGUCCCAGAGCAUCUGUGAGCGGGUGACUCCGCGGCUGUCCCACGCCAACUCCGCUGUAGUGCUGUCGGCCGUGAAGGUGCUGAUGAAGUUCAUGGAGAUGCUCCCGAAGGACCUGGACUACUACGGGACCCUGCUGAAGAAACUGGCCCCGCCGCUGGUCACUCUCCUGUCAGCUGAGCCGGAGCUGCAGUACGUGGCUCUGAGGAACAUCAAUCUCAUCGUACAGAAACGGCCUGAGAUACUGAAGCAUGAGAUGAAAGUGUUCUUCGUGAAGUACAACGACCCGAUCUACGUCAAGCUCGAGAAGCUGGACAUCAUGAUCCGAUUGGCUUCGCAGGCCAACAUCGCGCAGGUGCUGGCUGAGCUAAAGGAAUACGCCACUGAGGUGGACGUGGACUUUGUCCGCAAGGCUGUCCGCGCCAUCGGCCGAUGCGCCAUCAAAGUGGAGCAAUCGGCCGAGCGCUGUGUCAGCACCCUGCUGGAUCUCAUUCAGACGAAGGUGAACUACGUGGUGCAGGAGGCCAUUGUGGUCAUCAAGGACAUUUUCCGCAAAUACCCCAACAAGUACGAGAGCGUGAUAGCCACCCUCUGUGAGAAUCUGGACUCUCUUGAUGAGCCGGAGGCCCGCGCAGCCAUGAUCUGGAUUGUGGGAGAGUAUGCAGAGAGAAUUGAUAAUGCAGACGAACUGCUGGAGAGCUUCCUGGAGGGAUUCCACGACGAGAGCACACAGGUGCAGCUGCAGCUGCUGACUGCCAUAGUGAAGCUGUUCCUGAAGAAGCCUACAGAGACCCAGGAGCUCGUUCAGCAGGUGCUGAGCCUGGCCACACAGGAUUCGGAUAACCCUGACCUGCGGGACCGCGGCUAUAUCUACUGGCGUCUGCUCUCCACCGACCCGGUGGCUGCUAAGGAGGUGGUUCUGGCUGAGAAGCCGCUGAUCUCAGAGGAGACGGACCUGAUUGAGCCCACCCUGCUGGACGAGCUGAUCUGCCACAUCGGCACGCUGGCCUCAGUCUACCACAAGCCACCCAGCGCCUUCGUGGAGGGCGGCCGGGGAGUCCAGCACAAGCGGCUACCAGCUCGUGCCGGCUCCGGUGAGAGUGCUGAAAGCCCAGAUGUUGGCCAGGCAGUGAGUGCAGUCUCGGAUGCUCCACCUGCUGUCAUUCCAUCCCAGGGUGAUCUCCUAGGUGACCUGCUGAACCUAGACUUGGCUCCACCCACCAGCAACGUCCCUCCUGUGCCCUCCUCGAUGCAAAUGGGGGCGAUGGACCUGCUGGGUGGAGGGCUGGACAGCCUGAUGGGAGAUGAAUCUGAAACGUCGGCCUCCCACUACAGGACGGAGGUGCAGUCUCCUCAGCCACCCGAGUGUAGCGAGAGAGAGCUCGGUGGCGACGUCGGAGGGAGCCCUGCGAUGGGUGUGAGUCUGGGGGGCGCACCAGUGGGCAUGCCUGCAGGUCUUGGCGCUGCCCCUGCUGUCGGAGGGGGUCUGGGUGACCUCUUUGACCUCGGUGGAGGCGUAGGCGUGACAGCAGGAUCCUACAUCCCUCCCAAAACGGUAUGGCUGCCGGCGAUGAAAGCUAAAGGCUUGGAGAUCUCCGGGACGUUUGCCAGGCGCAGCGGCGUCAUCCACAUGGACCUGUCCUUCACCAACAAGGCCAUGAGCGUCAUGACCGACUUCGCCAUCCAGUUCAACAAGAACAGUUUCGGUCUGGCUCCUGCUGGUCCUCUGCAGGUUCUGACUCCACUCAGUCCUAAUCAGACGGUGGAUGUCAGUCUGCCGCUCAGCACCACCGGCCCGGUGAUGAAGAUGGAGCCUCUCAAUAACCUGCAGGUGGCCGUGAAGAACAACAUUGAUGUGUUCUACUUCAGCUGUCAGUACCCCAUUAGCCUGCUCUUUGUGGAGGACGGGAAGAUGGACAGACAGGUGUUCCUGGCCACCUGGAAGGACAUUCCCAGCGAGAACGAGGCUCAGUUUCAGAUCAAAGACUGUCACCUCAACUCAGACGCUGCCAGUAACAAACUGCAGGGCAGUAAUAUCUUCACAGUCGCCAAGCGCACAGUGGACACCCAGGACAUGCUGUACCAGUCUGUCAAACUGACCAACGGCAUCUGGAUGCUGGCAGAGCUGCGCAUUCAGACGGGCAACCCCAACUCCACGGAUCUGGAGCUCUCAGUGAAGUGCCGUGCUCCGGAGGUCUCUCAGUAUGUUUAUCAGUGCUACGAGCUGAUCCUGCGAAACUGAAGCAGAAGCCAGAAGACACUGCAAGAACCCAGCCUGAACCCAGAUCUGCCUCUACAACCACCCCAGACACAACCAUCUUCUCUCUCUCUCUCUGUCUCUCUCUUUGACUGAUCUAUCCAGACCCCACCCAGAAACGCAGUAUUUCUUAGCAACUGUUGCUAGGGUUGAUCAAUUUGGGAAAAUUGAGACUAAUGAUUUAAUAUUGCGAUUGUGAUUAUUUUCUAUACAUUAAGGUUCAGGUCUGGGUUUUUUUUUGUUUGUUUGUUUUUGGCGAAGACGGCCGGAAUGUCCACCUUUCUAGCUUGAGGAUUGAAUGUAGUGUACUAGUAAGUUGUGGUUGUGACGUCACAACACAUAGAGGUUUGGUUCCAACUUAAAACGUCAGACAGCAUUUUUAUAAUGCAGGCUAUAAUUAAACAAAACAAAAAUGAUUAAUUUAAUUAAUUAAUGAUGAGUAUAAAAGGGAUUAAAUUUUCUUUUUUUUUUUUUUUUUUUUGUAAUAAAAUUACAUUAAUGGUAAAAACCUUUCUGCCUUUGGCAUGUGAAGUUGCCAUUUUGGACAGUGACUGAAUGUUUAGCGCGGAGUUUCCAGCGCUGUCGAGCUCAUCUGAACUAGGCAGGUUGAAAACAACAACAACAAAUUAGCCACCAUGGUAUCAUCAGUUCAGGUACUCAACAAAAACAACUACACCUGAUCUGUUCCAACAGUGAGUGUGUUUUCAUGCCCUCAAUAAUCUGAUCAUAAUCGCAUUUCUGCAGUUAUCUGAUUACUCACCUGUAAACACCACACAGUCCAUUUAGAUCAAGUAAGGUCCAGAAUUCUGAUAAAGAGGCUGGACUGUAGCUCAGUAGUCAGAUUUCUCAGUGCUGUGAGCUCUGACUCCGAUUUCUUUUGGGUUUCUCAGUCUGAGCAUGGGCGAAAACAGACGGCGGUACUGGAAAUAAGCGAGAAGCACUUGUGGAGCGACGCUGAAACCAAACACAUGCUUGACGAAAUGAAGGAUUUAAAUAUUCCUCAUCUUCUAGGUGAUGUUUGUUCAUGUUUUCAGCCGAAGUUUAAAGUCUGAGCUUCACGUUAUGUUUAUGUCGCGUCGUCUUUGAGUUUAUUGGCUGGCUGUAAAGCAGAAAUCUGAUUACUCUCUGACUCUUGGAGACCUGGAGCUUCCCCAUUAUCUGAUUACUCAAGUGCAUGUAAACGUGUGGAUCGGUUUACUGACCAAAUCAGAUUUUCUGCAGUCACCAGAUUAUCAAGUGAAUGUAAACGCACUCAGUGUCACAGAGUAAACACAAUUGGAAAUGAAUAGGUUUCUUUAUUUUGACUCUAGCUCGUUAGUUCAUUAGGUUAAACAGGAAUUUUAUCGCCGUCCAUCUUUACAACAGUUGCUAUGAAAGAAGGCGUUUCUGGGCGGAGCCUGGAUAAGCCAGUUGUUCCCCUCCAUCUUUUUUUCCCCUCCAUCUUCCAGUCAUGGAUAAAAUCAUAUUUCCACGCAGCUGUUCUGUUCGGUCCAAAGCACUGUUGAAGUUCUGACCGCUCGCCCAGUAUAAAUGGACGAGGCUUGGUGGUGGGAGGUCUGUUCGUGUGUGUGUACUACUUAUAAAUAUAUCUGCGUGUUUUAUUGCGUGUUUACAUGCUUCGUUUCAUAGUAUUCAGUUUCGUUUCCACUCGAAAAGCUUAGAAAGACCCUCCUUCACUACAGCUGUCGCUGUUUUUAUGGUAGAAGGGAAUUUUUUUAUUUUAAAAAGCGAAAUUUUGAAAAGCGCACUCUUCCGCCUCUCUCGUCCACCUCUUACACGUUUUAUCCUGCAGAUGUCCUUUUCUUUUCCUUAGAAAUAUGUUCGGUUUUAUAAACGGCGACUGCUCCUUAUUUCAUAACGAAAGGACCAGUAGAAAACGUUAAAAAAUGACUUGUGGUCUUAUAAUGAUAUUAGAAAUUAAAGGGUACUUCCACGGAUUCUUCAAACGUGACGCAUAAUCUCGAUUAUUGAGAAGAUUUUACAGUGGUGGUGAUGGGAACCAGGCGUCGCCAUGACUACAACACCGAUAUAGACACUUUAUUUACCAUCCAGAACCACCAGAGAACCUACACGAGUCUUCAGAGUUUUAUAUGGGGCGUUGAUGAUGGGGGAAAAAGAGCGAUCAACCUCAAAAGAUAAGUUUUCCUUAGGGAAUAUUUUGCCUCACAACAGCCUGCAUGUAUCCCUCCAGCAUGAGUGGAUGCUUUAGACCAAGUGGCAUCAGGCAGCCUAUUCAGGAGCUUUUAGAAGCAGUAAAUGUUUCAGACGUCUGGUUCCCAUCACCUCCACUGUGAAUAAUUCAAACUCCCCAAGAACAGAGAGCUUCACCUCACCGCUCUGACUGACUGACUUACGUCUUGCCUGUUUAAUUGUGCAGGAAAUUGAAGAAAUCGGAAUUAUUCGGGUUUUUCCUUCUUUGCUUCAGACAGCUUGUAUGAUGUGAUGUGUUGGAGCAUUUGGGGUUGAAAGGUGUAAAUAUUGGGCAUAUUUUGAGUUUUUCCCUAAAGCGACUUUCACCAGAAAACUGUCUGGGGGGGGGUCUUCGUUGUGGUGGCUUGUUUUGGGGGGUUAAGAGUUCAAGUGCUUUUCAGGGUCGGACCUGGAGCUCUCGCCUCCACCCGUCUGUUGUUUUUCUUUGUGUGACAUGCAGCUGGUGGGGUUAAUUAGAGACAAAGGCUGUUAUUUGUUCAGUUUUUUUUUUUUUUUUUUAAGCUCUCUAGAUCAUUCCAUGUAUGUAAAUUUGUGUUAAUUGAUCUAUCCUGGCUCCGCCCACAGACAGCUUCUUUCAUAGCUACUGUUGUGAAGUCGGUCAAGCUUCACAGAACGUGGAGACGUGACUGUUUCUCUGGAGGAUCGCCGGUUUCACAUGAGGUCCACCAGCUUUUAGUGCAGAUGACCAGGUUCUCAUUAGGUUGAGUGUAAUUGUUACCAAAGCUUGUCCAGCUUAGCAACAGUAGCUGUGAAAGAGCGCUUCUGUGGGCUCAGCUGCCUCAGAUGUGUGUGAGUUUUAUUAGAUGUGCUGAGUUUAAAAAGCUACAGGAGCAGGUCUGAGAUGUUACCCACCUCACCUUCAUCGCAGUGCGUGUUGAUUUUGUUCAGCUUGGUUUUCAUCCGUUUGCUCGUCUUCUGCGCGUUUCUCAGUCGGACCCCGUGGGCUGCUUCACUGGUAAAGCCUGUAACGUUGAAAUACAGUGUGUAGCGUUUCUGCUGCUUUCCUGAGGCAGCGAGAGAAGACGGCAGAUGAAAUCGUCUCCGUUUGCUUUGAUUUUUAAUUGCGUUUUGUUCUUUGAGCAGCUCGGAGAAGCACAACAAAGGAACGUUCCAUGCAAAUGUUUCCCAUGAAGUAUCUCCUCCUCGUUAGUUUUGACGGGUCGGACAGUAAAACCCUUUUUUCUUCUGUGCAAAAGUCAGAGACCACCCAUCAUUUCCAGUCUAAAUAGCCCUCAUUUCAUUAUCAGCAACUGGAAAAAGGCACAAAACACAAUUAACUGAAAA